AUGCGUCCACCGCAGAACGAGGCAUUGGGCGCGCAGAGGAAUGAACGUGAGAGCCGCAGUCCUUGGGCAGCGGAUCCUCGCUUCGCGCAGUCUAACUCGACCGUUCGAGCCCUGCGCUCAGAAGACUCCUGGGUUGAGAUUUCAUCUCGUCCGUCAUCGUCCUCCCUCUCAUCUACAAGUAAUGAUAUUGUUACCACCGGCCUCGAAGUCCACUCUCAUGAAGAGCGAAUGUCUCGUCAACUCCAAGCCUCAAUUGGCCUCUCCACAUCUCAACAGCGGUCGACAAGCACAGCAGGUUCCAGUCAAGACGAGUAUGAGGAGAGCGAAAGUGAGAGUGACCAAGUUUUGGGCAGUUCCAAUGAGGAGAUCGACCAACACGAUAUCGCUGACGAUGAUGAUACUUCCACGGCUUUGGGGGUCGGACAAAUGUUCACACCUCAACCAAAUGCCUUCUCUCAUCCGCCGUCCUUGCAAGAUCGGCCUGUUCCAGAUUCAUAUUUCCCUCCUGCCCCGUCCACCACGCCCCUUUCAGGUACUGGGAACCAUACAAUGACUCAACGAAGUUAUGAAAGGCAGGCCCAAUCACGACAACGGAUCGGCAAAUCAUCGUAUCAACCAGACCACGAUGCAGCUCUGCGCGCCUCACUGACAACUUUACUUUCAUGCGCCGCGGCCGUUCGGCCCAAGGGUCCUGAAACCCGGCCGACGGGGAUGCGGCCUGCCAAUCAGCCAACGGCACUGCGACUGGUGCCGGCAACGGAACUCGAUGGGACGACUCGGCCCCGAAGAUGCUCAUCGCCCAAACGUGCCAAACGUAAGUCCAGAGAAUCCAGCAAAGAGCGACAUGCAAAGAAAGCCCGCGCCGCGAAAUCGCCAUUGACCAAUGAAGAGUUGCUUAGCCCGACUCUGGCGUCGUGGAUGAUAUCCGCUGGCGUCGUUCUUGUCUUCUCGGCCAUCAGUUUUAGCGCAGGCUAUGCCUGGGGCCGUGAAGUAGGCAGACUGGAAGCGGACGUGGGCAUUGGUGGUGGUAGCUGUGGCCAAGAGGCAUUACGUGGAAGCGGAAGCGGGCUCCGGCGACUGAGAUGGACUUCGGGCACAAACAGCAUUAGGACAUGA